AUGUGGAUACUUAUGUUGAUUUGCAGUCUGUCGCUAACCUACGCCUCGGAAUACACGGGAGAGGGGCAUUAUGGCGGAAGCGGCGGUGCAGAGGAGUAUCAUCAACAGCACCACGAAACACCAACCACUUACUCGGAGAUAUCGAAACACGUCCCUGUCCAUGUCAUCGAGAAGGUGCCACUGCCCAUACCACAUCCCGUAGCUGUUCAGGUACCCAAUGUUAUCAAACUACAAAUACCGGAACCUUAUGCAGUUCACGUGCCCGUUCAGCAGGAAAUUCAAGUGCCCGUCUAUAAAAUUGUUCCCGAAAUAACGGAACGCAAAAUACCCUACACCGUGGAGAAGCCUUAUCCCGUGGAAAUUGAAAAACCCUAUCCCGUCGAAGUGAUUAAGCACAUUAAAAUACCAGUGCCAAAACCCUAUCCUGUACCCUUUACUAUUUACAAACAUGUCCUGCACAAGCAGCAUGGCUGGUAAUCCUCAGGAGGUGGUUAACUAAAGUCUAGUGUGAAUAUAUAACUAGCUAAAGUUGAACAUGUAUUAAAAUGUAUUAAAUUUG